GGUGAACAAUAACUCUUUAGAGAGUUCUUAAAUACAAUGGUAUAUUGUUUUUUGUGGUUUUUAUGCGUAUUUAAGCUUUCGAAAAUUAAACUUUUUUGUAAUAUAAUAUAACGCAUCGCUCGUUUGUUUAAUGUGAGGUUGUUUAUGUUUGUUUUAAUGUAAACAUUCUACUACUUUAGAGUGUUUGUUUUUUAUAAUGUUUACAUUAUUGGGUGAAGUAAACUUGUGGACAUUCGAUGAUAAUAUUAACAUAAAGAGCACAGAUUUUGGUGCAUUCCGUUACCAUGAUAAACGUAUCGAUAGUUUUUAUGAGGAAGGAAAGAGAUCUUAUUGUCAGAAACGUGGUAUGAUAUAUGUACCAACAAAUAAGAAAGGAAACAAGUUAAAAGAUUGUAUUAAAUAUUUAGAGGAACAAUUAAAAGACAAUUCAAUUGUAUAUUGUCAGUGGUACGAUGACUGUGUUAUACAAUUAAUGUUAACUAAUGCCUUAAUAAUACAAAUACAAGUUAACAUUGCUACUGGUGAUAUAUAUAAAAUAACUUUUGAUAAAUACCUGGUAGGAAAACUUUUGGAGCAUAUAUCAGAUGUGAUAAUUACUAAAAAUUAUAUAUUUUGUACCUACAACGAUAAUCAAGUAACUCAUGUACACUUUACAAGAUCAAAACGUCAUGUUUUUGACAAAAUCAGUAAACUUGAGCCAAAAUUGUCUACUAUUGAUUUGUUUGGACCCAAUGGGCGCAGGCUGGACAAGAAAAUACAAACCAAUAAGUGCGGUGACUUGAUACUAAUUUGGUGGAAAUCUACUAUUAAUGAAGUUUAUCCUUGGAGUCCAGCAGUGAAAGAACAUGACCGUGCAAAUAUACAUCUCUACCGCUUAUUAGGAGCAAAAUUAGGGUUAAUUUGUUAUAUACGCAGUGAGUUUGACCCAUUGUGUAUAAUGUUUGAUACUAAUAAUGAUAAUAUUAUUCAUUCUGUAGAACAAAAAGUAUCAAGGAAGGUAAUAGGGGAGGUGACCAUAGAGUGGCGUACAUAUGAAAUUUCUCAGCAAGAUAAACUUCAAAGGAUAGCAAUGGUCUCUGUGCCUUUACCUACACAUACAAGUUGUAUCAAAUUUUCGCCUACUCAGGAAUUGUUGUUACUAUGUUGCAUAGAUGGUUCUGUUAUGAUUUAUGAUCAAACUAGAGGCACUACUACCAAUGUGAAAGCAGCUUUUAUUCCAACAUUAGCAUCAUGGCACAGUGAUGGAAUAAUAUUUGUUAUUGGGAAUGACAAAGGUCAAUUUCAACAUUUUGACAUUUCUUUAUCUUGCAUUAAAAGUCAGACAUUAAGUGAAGAAGCAACACAAACUACCAUUCUUGAUUUAUCAUCAUAUUUUAGAAUUCAACCGGCAUUACUACGUGUGGAAUGGAAUAAAAAAAAUGAUUUGAAUAGUUAUGUUGAUUUACAUAACCGUGGAAAUUCGCUAUUGCUAUUAAUUUUUCAACGAGGUCCUAUAGGUGUCAUAAAAAUGUUGGAAGGAAAUUCUUUUACCGGUGAUGUAUUGGUCAAAAGAUAUUUAUCUUUAUCUCAAGUUGAACAAGCAACUUCUUUGUUAUUGGCCAUGAAUUGGGAUACACAUCCUCGUGUGUGUAUGCAUGCACUGAAUCAAAUUUUAAAUUACUUAUUCAAGUUACCUUUGACAACAGAGCACGAAAAUCUUAUACAGAAUGCAUUGGGUAGUUUUCAUGUCCCAGUUAAACCAAUAAGUCAAGUUAUUGAAGAAGAAUAUGGAGAUGAAAUCAGAGAUUUAACAAGGCGAUUUUUCCACCACUUAUUAAGGUAUCACAUGUUUGAAAAGGCCUUUAGACUUGCUAUAGAUUUAAAUGAUCAUGACCUUUUUAUGGAUAUACAUUUUUAUGCAUUAGUCGUAAAUGAUACAGCAAUGGCCACUGCAGCUAAAGAAAAUGCCGAACGUAUAUUAAGUAGAUCAAACAGCUGCAGUAGCUCACAUUCCACAUGCUCUAGAGCAUCAUGCUCAUUGUGUUCUGAUUCAACGAGUGAUAAAGGAGAGUCUUGUAGUGAUGAAAGUGAAAGUUCAUCCAAAGAGAAUCAUAUUGACACAAAACACUCUAAAAAUCAUAAUUAUAAAAAGGAAUCCAUCAGUCAAAUUCCGCCCUUACCAGUUCUCCAUCCACAUUCGCCUAAUAAAAACAUGUUGCCUACAUCAUUCACUGAUACUUUAACUAGCGAAAAAAAUAAUUGUACUAUGGAAUCUACAUCUUUCAGUAUACACAAUAACACUCUUACAACAACUUCCUUUAAUCAUUCAUCACAUUUCUCACUUUCAAAUACAUUUUUUACGACAACAUCGUUCAAUAAAUCGCUAUAUAAAACGCAUACACAACCAACAUCAACAACUACAGCAGCAUCUAGCAACAAUUCACAAUCUUUUAGUAACAUCUCUGAUGACUUAAUGACUACUUCAUUUGGAAGUUUAUCUUUACACGAACGUAAAAUAUCAUCUAAUCGACCUACUGAAAAUUCUGUAGAGACCAAACAGUUAAAUAAUGUUCUCCUUGAUGAAAUGCAAUAUCCUCUUGAUAAUGUGUGCAGCAAUGCAAUGCCGCCAAAUUUGGUAGGGGACAAUAGUUUUAUGUCAACUCCUUUCAACAAUCCAACAUAUGAACCAGUUACACCAAAUGUUUCCUCUGAUUUGUUAAGAUCUUCAUUAGAUAAUAUAGAUAAUAAUAUUAUGUCUACAUCUUUUGGUGCAGACAUUUCAAAUCAAUAUAACACUUCAUUUAACAAUUUAAUAAGUAGCAAAUCUGAUUCGACUGUUUCUUUGUCUCCUUUGAAAAGUAUAAAAUCAUCUAGUACGUCAACCGACUUUAUAUCAAAAACACUUACAGAUUCCAUUGCCACAAACAAAUUGACAUCUAAUUUUCAAAGUAAUCAUGGAAAUCUUGUAUCAACUUCAUUUAAUUUUCUCGAAAAUCAAGUACAAGAUUCCUGUAAUAGUAAUACAGUGAGUUUUAGUACUGAAGAUAACCACGGCACUAUCAAAUUGCAACAACCUUUUGUGGAAAAAAAACAAGUAGAUUUUAAUAUUCCACCACUGCCAUCUUCUAUAACAAAUUCAUUUACAAAUUAUUUUCAAAAUCUUCCAAGAAAAAAUCUUCCUCUAUCUAGAAGUACAUCCGGAUUAGCAGAUAUUGAUGAAUCUGUUCAAAAAUUUUCAUCUAUAAGAUCAAGGAACGUCACGUCGCAUUUAUUGCAAAAACAAAAUUCUACAUCUAAUAUUUUACAAGAUCAACACAAAUACAGUAACAUUAAACCUUCUAGAUACAGACUGAAUUACGAUUUUGAUUACAUUUCAUUUCAUGGAAGUUGUGAUAAUAUCGAUAUGCAUUCCUCCACUAAUAAUAUAGAACUAGGUAGUUCACAAUUCUCUUCUAUGUACAGCAUACAAAACAGAUUUGAUAAUAGGCAUUCAAAAUUAGUAUCAUCACAAAAUAGUACAAAUGGUAGUAUUAAUAAGCAUUUUAAAGUAUCUUCUAAUGUACCACCACUUCCUAUUAUAUCCACUUCUGCUUCUAUACCCUGUUCUCCCUUUUCUACUGUCACAGAUACAACACUAACAACAAGUGAAAAACCAAAGGUUAAAUUUUCAGAUACAGUAACACAUAUAUUGGUACCUGGUACUGGUCAAUCACAUAAACAAAAACGAUCUACAAUUACUCAAGUGCACUUAACUGACCCAAAGCGCGAAUUACCAGAAAGUCUUCCAUUGGGUCUCGAAGAUUAUCUUAAAGAUUUUCAACCUUUAUCAAAAGACGAGAUUAACGAUAAAACAAAAGAAUCUCUAAGAUCAGAAGAGGGUUCCAAAAUAAAGGUUGUACAUUUUGGACUUCUAUAAACAAAAGUUUUAGAUUUUAAUAGAAAAAAUAUAUAAAACUAUAUUUACAUAUAUUUAAAUCUUUUAUAAAGACAUGUAUUUGCUGUAUGU